GGGGCUAAUAAAAGGUGUGGCUAGGAGGAAAUGUCUGCAGAGAUUCCAGUAAAGACAAAAGGUCGCCAAGAAGGAAGGAGUUUUUCAGCCUAUCAUGCCUUCCACGUAUUAAUCAUUUUUAGAUUUAUCAGUGUACUUUAUAAUAAUAUCAAUGACUGCGAUGAGACCUACAACUACUGGGAACCAGCACAUUAUUUAAUGCAUGGCAGUGGGUUUCAGACGUGGGAGUAUUCACCAGUAUAUGCCAUUAGAUCAUAUGCAUACAUACUAAUCCAUAUACUCCCACUGUUUCUUAUUGGUACAAUUAAUAAGAUUGUUCAGUUUUACACACUCCGAUCGUUAUUAGCUCUUGUCUCAUGUUUCUGUGAAAUAUACUUUUUUAGAGCCAUCAAGAGAAGAUAUGGAUCAAAUGUGGCUCUUCUCACUCUGCUGUUCUUAGCCCCUAGCAAUGGAAUGUUCAUUGCAUCAACUGCAUUUCUCCCAUCUUCCUUCACCAUGUAUACUGGAAUGAUUGCUGUAGCUGCAUGGCUCAAUGGAAAAGAACAGGUGGCCAUAUUUUCUGUUGCUGUUGGGUCUAUCAUUGGUUGGCCAUUUUUUGUUGCUUUGGGGAUCCCUAUUGCAGCUGAUGUUAUCUUAAUUCAGAGAAGACUCUCAUUUUUCUGUGUUUGGUCUAUCAUUAGUUUAUUGGUCAUUGGUGUUCCUGUGGUUAGUAUUGACUCGUGGUACUAUGGCAAAUUUGUAUUUGCUUCUAUUAACAUCAUAAUGUACAAUGUAUUUGGUGGAGGAGGGCCUGAUCUGUACGGUACUGAACCCUGGACUUAUUAUUUUGCAAAUUGUCUCUUGAACUUUAACAUUGUAUUUGUUCUUUCCCUGCUUGCCUGGCCUUUAAUUGAGAUAAAAUUGCAUUUCACAAAAUCAGGUCGCUCAUACUAUACUGCAUGGAGGAAGAGUGUAUUACCAGUGAUUGUGUGGGUGGCUAUAUUCUUUACUAGAUCACAUAAGGAGGAAAGGUUUCUCUUUCCCAUAUAUCCACUUAUUGUGCUCCUUGGAGCAAUGUCAGUUGUGCUACUUCAAGAUCUAUUAUCAAACCUCCUUGGAAGAAUUGCAUCCGGGUUUCAAACAAUAGUUAAAUAUCUCCCAGCUAUAGUUGUUGUACUUCAUGCACUAUUGGGCAUCUCAAGAUCAAUGGCAUUACAUUAUAACUAUCAAGGUUCAAUGCAAGUCUACACAGUCAUAAAUUCUCAGUCAGUUCUGAGCUUCACUGGAUAUACCAGAGAAAUAAAUGUUUGUGUGGGAAAGGAAUGGCACAGGUUUACCAGCAAUUACUUCUUACCAGACAAGAUGAUACAACCACUUCGCAGUCGGUGGUACUUGAGGUAUAUCAAAUCAGAUUUCAAAGGACAAUUACCAAAACUAUAUGCUGAGGGGCCCAGUGGUACAUCACUGAUACCAAGUGACAUGAAUGAUGAAAACAGAGAAGAACCAUCUCGCUAUUUUGACAUCAAUCGCUGUCAUUUUCUUGUCGAUCUUGAGAUAUCAUCAUUUUCAACUCAAGAGCCACAUUACUCAAAAGACACGAGCCAGUGGGAGCUAUUGUAUAGCUAUCCUUACCUUGACUCCGUGAAAGCAUCAAUACUGCAUAGGACACUCUACAUACCAGGACUAAAGAAAAGAAAAGGAGAGUUGGGUCGAUACGUCCUCCUUCGAAAUAAGAAAGGGGACUUUGUGAAAAAUCUUGAUGAUAUACAAUAAAGAAACAUUUAAAUGCAUUAA